AAUUAAGAUUUAAGACAAAAAAAAAAAAAAGAGUCUUCCUACAACACACCAAACCCCUUCACUCACUCAUAUAAAUGUAUGCUACAUAACAUUACAUGCAACACCACUUAGCUUCUCUUCAGAACUGAGACAAAGCUCAGUUCAGAAGCCUAACAAGAAUUUUAUGACACAAGUACAUAAAUCAAACAAGAGUGAAGCUUAGAAGAAAUUAAAAAGAGGGGUGGUGGCAAAAGAAUCCAAAGAUGGAUUCAAAUUUAAGCAGAAGCAUAAGCAGGAGCUUAAGCAGAUCAAGUUGGAAAAUGGAAGAGGUAUUUGCAAGUGGGAGAUAUUCAAGGAGAACCUCACAUGUUGAUGAAGAUGAAGAGGCUUUGAAAUGGGCUGCAAUUGAGAAGCUUCCAACCUAUGAUAGGUUGAGAACAAGUAUCAUUCAGAAUUUUGGUGAAGGUGAUCAUCAUCAUCAUGAUGCCAAGGCUCAGCAUAGAGAAGUUGAUGUUAGGAAGCUUGAUAUGAAUGAGAGGCAACAAAUCAUUGAUCAAAUCUUCAAGGUGGCUGAAGAGGAUAAUGAGAAGUUCUUGACCAAGUUCAGAAACAGAAUUGACAAGGUUGGAAUCAAACUUCCAACAGUUGAAGUAAGGUUUCAGAAUUUGACAGUUGAGGCUAAUUCCUAUGUUGGAAGCAGAGCUUUGCCAACACUUCCAAACACUGCAUUGAACAUUCUAGAAUCAGCACUUGGCAUGUGUGGGAUUAGUACUACUAAAAGAACAAAGCUCACAAUUCUUAAGAAUGCCUCCGGAAUUGUUAAACCCUCGAGGAUGGCCCUUUUACUUGGCCCACCUUCUUCAGGAAAAACAACUCUUUUGUUGGCAUUGGCUGGAAAAUUGGACUCUGAAUUGAAGGUAACCGGAGAAAUUAGUUAUAAUGGGCAUAGGCCUAAUGAAUUUGUGCCAAGAAAGACUUCAGCAUACAUUAGCCAAAAUGAUGUUCAUGUUGGAGAAAUGACAGUUAAGGAGACACUUGAUUUCUCAGCUAGGUGCCAAGGAGUUGGAACUAGAUAUGAUCUAUUAGCUGAGGUUGCUAGAAGAGAAAAGGAAGCUGGCAUAUUUCCAGAGGCAGAACUUGACCUUUUCAUGAAGGCAACUGCAAUGGGAGGAACAGAAAGCAGUCUCAUCACUGAUUAUACUCUUAAAAUUUUAGGCCUUGAUAUUUGCAAGGAUACUAUUGUUGGAGAUGAAAUGCAUAGAGGCGUAUCCGGUGGCCAAAAGAAGCGUGUCACAACUGGUGAGAUGAUUGUUGGGCCUACAAAAACACUGUUUAUGGAUGAGAUAUCCACUGGUCUUGAUAGCUCCACAACAUAUCAAAUAGUGAAAUGCUUGCAACAAAUUGUGCAUCUCACUGAAGGAACAAUACUAAUGUCCCUUCUCCAACCAGCUCCUGAGACAUUCAAUCUCUUUGAUGACAUCAUUCUCAUUUCUGAGGGCCAAAUUGUCUACCAGGGUCCACGUGAGCACAUUGUUGAGUUCUUUGAAUUAUGUGGGUUCAAAUGCCCUGAGAGAAAGGGCAUUGCUGACUUUUUACAAGAGGUUACCUCAAGAAAGGAUCAAGAACAAUAUUGGGCAGACAGAAACAUACCAUACCGUUAUGUAACUGUAACAGAAUUUGCAAACAAGUUCAAAAGAUUCCAUGUUGGAAUGGAACUGGAAAAUGAGCUAAGAGUGCCAUUUGACAGAUCAAGAGCACACAAAGCAGCACUUGUAUACAACAAAUGGUCAGUUCCCAAAAUGGACCUUCUAAGAGCAUGUUGGGACAAAGAGUGGCUCCUCAUCAAGAGGAACUCAUUUGUCUACAUCUUCAAGACUGUCCAGAUCAUCAUUAUCGCCUUCAUCGCCGCCACCAUGUUUAUAAGGACGAGAAUGCACCGGCGAAAUGAGGACGAUGCAGCCCUCUACGUCGGCGCAAUCUUGUUUAGCAUGAUCAUGAACAUGUUCAAUGGUUUUGCUGAGCUUGCACUCACCAUUCAAAGGCUUCCUGUGUUUUACAAGCAGAGGGAUCAUCUUUUCCACCCUGCUUGGACUUACACUCUUCCCAAUUUCCUCUUGAGGAUUCCAAUUUCGAUAUUCGAGUCUCUUGUUUGGGUGCUUGUUACCUACUACACUAUAGGAUUUGCUCCUGAAGCUGAGAGGUUCUUCAAGCAACUUUUGUUGGUGUUCCUUGUUCAACAAAUGGCUGCUGGAAUGUUUAGGUUCAUUUCUGGAGUCUGCAGAACAAUGAUCAUAGCAAACACUGGUGGUGCACUCAUGCUUCUUCUUGUUUUCCUUCUUGGUGGUUUCAUCCUUCCGAAACGUGAAAUUCCAAAUUGGUGGGUGUGGGGAUACUGGGUUUCACCACUAUCAUAUGCCUUCAAUGCCCUUGCUGUGAAUGAAUUAUAUGCACCAAGAUGGAACAAACCAUCUCCUACACAGGCAAAUUUGACAUUAGGUGUGUCUACAUUAAGAAACUUUGAUGCUUUUGCCAACAAGAAUUGGUACUGGAUUGGUGCAGGAUCACUUUUAGCCUUCACUAUUUUGUACAAUGUUCUGUUUACUCUUGCACUUAUGUACCUAAAUCCUCUUGGAAAGAAACAAGCAAUUAUAACUGAAGAAGAUGCGAGCGAAAUGGAGGUAGGCGAAGAACCAAGACUCAUUAGGCCACCAGAAACCAACCGAGAAUCAAUGCGCCGGUCAUUGUCUAAGGCUGAUGGAAAUAACUCAAGUGAAGUUGCGAUGCAGCGAAUGAGCAGCCGGGCUAAUCCCAAUGGAACAAGAAAUUCUGAUUCGACACUUGAUUCGGCCACUGGUGUAGCCCCAAAGAGAGGAAUGAUUCUACCUUUCCAGCCACUUGCAAUGUCCUUUGACAGUGUUAAUUACUAUGUGGACAUGCCUGCAGAAAUGAAAGAGCAAGGAGUGGCAGAGGAUAGGCUGCAACUUCUGAGGGAAGUAACAAGUGCCUUUAGGCCUGGAGUCUUGACUGCUCUGAUGGGAGUCAGUGGAGCUGGGAAGACAACUUUGAUGGAUGUUUUGGCCGGAAGAAAAACCGGUGGUUACAUUGAAGGAGAUAUUAGAAUCUCCGGGUUCCCUAAGAAGCAAGAAACCUUUGCUAGAGUUUCAGGUUACUGCGAACAGACCGAUAUUCAUUCGCCACAAGUUACUAUCCGAGAAUCUUUGCUUUACUCGGCAUUCCUUCGCUUGCCUAAGGAAGUUAGCCGCGAAGAAAAGACACAAUUUGUGGACCAAGUUAUGGACUUGGUAGAGUUGGACAGUCUCAAGGAUGCUAUAGUUGGGCUUCCAGGAGUUACAGGGCUGUCGACUGAACAGCGAAAGAGGCUGACAAUCGCUGUCGAGCUUGUUGCUAAUCCUUCAAUCAUUUUCAUGGAUGAACCAACCUCAGGUCUUGAUGCAAGAGCAGCAGCCAUUGUUAUGAGAACAGUGAGGAACACUGUGGACACUGGAAGAACAGUUGUCUGCACAAUUCACCAGCCUAGCAUAGAUAUCUUUGAAGCUUUUGACGAGCUCUUGCUGAUGAAAAGAGGAGGGCAAGUGAUCUACUCAGGACCUUUAGGCCGGAACUCGCACAAGAUUGUAGAAUACUUUGAGGCAAUUCCAGGUGUCCCAAAGAUCAAGGAAAUGUACAACCCUGCAACAUGGAUGCUUGAAGUAAGUUCCAUUGCAGCCGAAGUCCGGCUUGGAAUGGACUUUGCUGAAUACUACAAGAACUCUGCUUUGUUCCAGCGCAACAAAACUCUUGUGAAGGAGCUAAGCACGCCACCUCCUGGCGCAAAGGAUUUAUAUUUCCCCACCAAGUACUCUCAAAAUGCAUGGGGUCAGUUCACAUCUUGUUUAUGGAAGCAAUGGCUGACAUAUUGGAGAAGUCCAGAUUACAAUCUUGUUAGAUUCUUCUUCACCUUAGCAAGUGCUCUCAUGAUUGGGACAGUGUUCUGGAGAGUUGGCAAGCACACGUUGACCACAUCUAGCUUGACCAUGGUAAUUGGAGCAAUGUAUGCUGCAGUUAUUUUCGUUGGAAUUAACAACUGCCAAACUGUCCAACCGGUAGUAGCCAUUGAACGAACUGUAUUCUAUCGAGAAAGAGCAGCCGGAAUGUAUGCUCCUAUGCCUUAUGCUAUUGCACAGGUUCUAACUGAGAUUCCUUAUGUCUUCAUCCAAGCUGUGUAUUACUCACUCAUAGUGUAUGCAAUGGUGUCCUUUGACUGGAAGGUGGAGAAGUUCUUUUGGUUCUUCUUUGUCAGCUUCUUCUCCUUCUUGUACUUCACAUACUAUGGCAUGAUGACUGUUUCCAUCACACCAAACCAUCAAGUUGCAUCGAUCUUCGCAGCAGCAUUCUAUGGACUCUUCAAUCUCUUCUCUGGUUUCUUUAUCCCAAGACCUAAAAUUCCUAAAUGGUGGGUUUGGUACUACUGGAUUUGUCCUGUGGCAUGGACAGUGUAUGGACUAAUCGUUUCGCAGUACAGAGAUAUCACCACCGAAAUGUUUAUAGCCAGCGAAAAUAGGAACUACACUGUCAAAGAUUAUAUUAACCACCAUUAUGGUUUCAAACCAGACUUCAUGGGACCAGUUGCUGCAGUUUUGGUGCUUUUCGCUGUCUUCUUCGCCUUUGUGUUUGCCGUAUGCAUCAGGGCACUGAACUUCCAAACAAGAUAAAAGAGAGCUGCAUUGUAACAAAAUAUGAUGAAGUUAUGUACUGGAAAAAAUUCUAGAAGUCCUAGUGAUUUGUAUGUGUAUAUAUAUAUAUAACUGAUGCUGUAGCCAGCACUCCAGAAAGAUUUUAUGCAGCAUAUGGUCGGUGACAACAAUAUUUUUGAUAGCAGUUCUUUGAGGGUUUUGAAGUAGCCAGUAAAUGUAAAUCAUAUGAAUGUUGGUAUUAUUGUUAGUUUGCUUUGCUGCAUAGAAGAAAUUAGUUUUUUUUCUCUUUGUAAUGAUAUUACCUUAUUGUGGUGAAUAAAAAUUUAUUCUUUUACCACCUUCA